UGUCAUUAUUAAUAAGAUUAUUCUAUUUUAAUGUGAUAAUUGAUUUUUUUUCCGGUUCGUAUUCAUCACUAAAUCCGAUAAAAAAAAAUGACUGCAGAUGAAAAAGAACUUAUUGAAUUAUAUGGUGAAGAUUUUUGCCGUUUAAUUUCUAACGAAUUUAUUCGUAAACAUCUACAAAUUGAUUUGAAUUCUGAUGAUUUUGAUAGAAAAUUACUUCGUAAAUUGGUGUUCGAUAAAGAUCUUGAGAACAAUUUAUUGUGCCGAAAUUUCUGGGAUAAUAUCCUGGAUAAUUUGAAUUCAAAAUUCUCCUAUAAUGGUUUUAGUAUACGGGGAGAAUUUUCAUGGAAUACAUUAAUGCGAAGAUUCUUUAUUAAAAUACAUCCAAACUAUGAAAAAUAUAAAUUGGGUAAAGAUUAUGUCCAAAAUCUUCAGUCAAUUAUGGAACGUUUAAUGACAAAGAAUAAUCAUUCUUCAAUCGAGGAUCUAUUGGAAUCAUCGAUUUCAAAUAAUCACCAAUCAUCAUCUACAUUGAAUCGAACGGCAACAGACAAUCAUAAUGAUCAUUUAUCAGAAUCUGAAAAUCAUAAUUCAUUGAAUGAACAAAACGACUGUCAAGUUGCUUUGGAUGAUGAUCGUGACGAAAAUCUAUUGCAAGACAUUGUUUCGGCUGAACGAUGUGAAGAUCCAAACAUGCAAAACGUUGAAACAAAUAAUGAUCAUAAUUAUGAUAAUGAAUUGAACGAACCAAACACGAAUGAUUUAAACAUUAAUAAAACAAUAGAUCAAAAUCAAGAUAAACAGACUGGUGAAAUGGAAAAAGACAUUAUUUUGGAUUCUAGCAACGAUAGUUUAUCAACCAUCAGCGAUGUAGAAGAAUGUCAGCCAAAUAAACGAAUAAAACUCUCUGAGCAACAACCUACGACUAGUAAAAAUUUACGAUCAAUGAAUAAAUGGAAACAACAACAAAUGAAUAUUGGUAAUGAUUCUGAUGGCAGAGAAUUAAGCCAAAAUCAAAAACGACAAAAUAAAAUUAAAUUGAACAAUAUAGAAGAUGAGAGCGAUACCGAUUUAAGUGAUAAUUUAGAAAAUGAAAACGAACAUGAAGAACGCUCUGAUAUUCGAUGGAUUAUGAAUAUACUAUAUCCUAAUACAAUAAAAGGCUAUUCAAGCCAUGAAGAUCAUGAAAUUUUGAAUUAUAUUAUUCAUACAGGUCGCUAUAAAGAAACUAAAGGUCGAUCAUUAUGGGUAGACAUGGAAGAAGCCAAUGUCUGUAACAGAACAUGGCAAAGUAUGAAAGAGCAUUUUCGUAAAAAAAUUGCUCCAAGAUUAACUUUAUAUGGACAAAUAUUUAAUCUAUCAAAACGAACAAUGGAAUUAUUUGAAACUUAUUCAUCGGAUCAGAAUUCAACGAAAAAAGAUUAAAAUAACAACUGAUCAUCAAGUGGUUGAAUGUUAAUGUUCAAAAAUUAUGAAUUGAAAAGAAAAUUAUUCAUUAUCAAUGAAUCUACAUUGAGGCAGGCUGUCACACACACACAACACACAAGCAUUUUCCUCGAUAAUUUUUUUUUUAUUGGUGCGAGCAUCAUACCGUCAACCUAAAAUCGAAUCGAUUCCAAAUUGACCAAUCACACACACGCCACCGGUACAAUUUUUUACCGCCAUCAUUCGAACGUUAUCAAUAAUGAAAAUAAAUAAUUUUGAUGAUGAUGAUUCGAAAUCGAACGUGCGCAUCCAUUCCAAUUUUUUUUCCCGUUCAACUAUUGUUCAUUCUUCGCCAACAAAAUAUCGGAUGCAAUCGAUGAUGAUUAGUCGAUUUUCAUCAUCGAUUAGUGAAAAAAAAAAUUUUCUCACACUUCUCCCCCCUUU